CCAGCAGGCAGCCCGACGCUGAUGGUUCUUGUCAUGCACUACAGCUUUCCUUUGACACAGUUUUAGAGUUGUUUACUAUCUGAGCAAGCACCUGACACGGGUGACUUUUUCUUCCUUUUUUCUCCUCGCGUUCCCCUGGGUAAGAUGGAAGUAGAAAAUGAAGCCCACUGUUGCCCUGGCAGCUCACCAGGCGGGUCCAGAGAGUACAAGGUGGUAAUGCUGGGCGCAGGGGGCGUUGGUAAAAGCGCAGUGACAAUGCAGUUUAUAAGCCACCAGUUUCCAGAUUAUCAUGACCCCACGAUCGAAGAUGCUUACAAAACCCAGGUGAGGAUUGACAAUGAGCCUGCUUACUUAGACAUCUUGGACACUGCUGGUCAGGCAGAGUUCACAGCCAUGCGAGAGCAGUACAUGCGUGGGGGUGAGGGCUUCAUCAUCUGCUACUCUGUCAUUGACCGCCAGUCAUUCCAGGAGGCUGCCAAGCUCAAGGAACUUAUUUUCCAGGUCCGUCACACCUAUGAAAUUCCCCUUGUCUUGGUGGGUAACAAAAUUGACCUGGAACAAUUCUGCCAGGUCUCUACAGAAGAAGGCAUGAAUCUUGCUCGAGAAUACAACUGUCCCUUCUUUGAGACUUCUGCAGCCCUCCGAUUCGGUAUUGAUGAUGCUUUUCAAGGCUUAGUGCGAGAAAUUCGCAGGAAGGAAUCCAUGCUAUCCUCCAUGGAAAAGAAAUUAAAGAGGAAGGACAGCCUGUGGAAGAAGAUAAAAGCCUCACUGAAGAAGAAGAGAGAAACCAUGACAUGACACUUUGCUUCUUGCCUAUCCUGUCUCUCUUUCUGGAUUUUAUCAACCAGGCAAUUGUUCCUCUCCUUCCCUGCUCCCCAACUCUCAAUAUCUACCUGCAGGCAAACAUUAGACUUCUAUAACUGUGUGUCUUGAGAUAGUUUUAUUUUGCCUUUAACAGCUGGAUAGAUUUUGUCAAUCAACUGGAUAAUGCUAUUUAGAUUUUACAAUAUAUUACCAAAUAAAAUUAACAUUCCAAUUGCCUCAUUUUCCUGUAAAGAGUUGCUUCAUUUCGUAUGCUGUCUGGUUAUAAAGAAAAUAUGCAAACUUGUAGCUGGGAUGAUAAAAGGCUUAGGGGAUCUGCUUUUGCCUGAUAGCUCUGGCUGUUUGCACUUCACAAAUCUGUAAAUAAUGAAGAGGCUGAAAGGGUUCAAAACAAAAGGCCUAGACCUGGUCUUCUCUUAAGUGGAAGAGUUUUGGUAUUUCUUCUUGAGUCCUCUAUAGGUGGGCAUUUGAAAUGUGAUUGAUAAUAUAAACUGAUGGGUUGUUGAAGAGCAAAAAUGAUAUGCCCCCAUAGUCACAGUGCUCAGCCUGUCAUACACUUUUAAAGAAUUAUCGCAAUGAAUUUAUUGUGAAGAAAGAAUGUGGUUCCUGCGGUGGGAAGACAGAAACUAUAUGAACUCGCCCAAGGAAGGAGCUGUGACCCUCUCAGCGAAUUCCUCUUAGGAUUGGUUCACCUGCAUAGUGGCCAUCUGUCUGCAGGGAUGUACCUCGGCAAAGCAAAUGUUCUAUUCAUAUUACUAAAUUCCCUGUCUCAUUUUCCUUGAAAAACUUCAAGAAGCUGUCAUCGGAAGUGCUGUUGUUAUUUGUCUUACAGUGGUUCAUUGUGUGAAAUAAAAUCUCCC